CCGAGGACACCAAGCUAUUUUUACCUACGCCCAGGCGCGUUCAACCUCGUGGGUUUCGCGUAUGGCAAGGUGGAAGGCGCUCUCACACGCGGUGCAACGAUGAAGGUCAAGCUGGUGCAGAGCGGGCGCUGGGCGGAGGAGUCUGCUCAGGCAGUCGAGCUGCUCCAGGAAGAACUGACCCCAAGAGCUACCUCGGUGAAAUACGUGUCCAGCACCACUCAGGAUGUUGCAGUUGAGAUAUAUGCUCUCCAACCGUGUGCCGGGCAGAGCACGAGCUUCGUUAUGGCCGGGGAAAUGAAGCAGAUACAUGACAAAGUAUACAACAAGUUCAACGGGAUCGACCAACCAGCGGCCAGAGAUGCCACGCAGCUUUUGGAUGGAAUUAGGAGCGAUGAACUUGACGAGACCAAGAUCCUCCCUCUGUUCGAUAUCGGCGAUUUCGCUAUUGCAGAGGUCUCAAUCCAGCACAUCCUCGACUACGUUUACUAUAAGGACGGUGGGCGGCCACACCGGUCGGGGGCGGUGUUUGGAGAAACCAUCUUUGACAAAGCUAACGCGCAGCAGGAUCCAAGAGGUCAGCCCAAUACCGACGUCAUGUUGAGCGAUGGCUUGAGCGACUCCGACGACGAU